CCAGCAAAGGGCGCCCACACACCGGCUGCCAGGUCUGUGGUCUAGACUGGUCUGAUGAGAGCACUAAGGGGGGAGCGGCUCUACUCGUCAUCUGAAAACCGAAACUAGUUUUCUCAUUUUGUUUUGCGUCUGAGCUGAGGAAAAGGUUUAGCGAGCAGCUGUUUGAGACACAACAUGAAGAGCAGCCGUGUGGAGGAAGAGGAGGCGCAGGUCAGGAGCUGGGACAGAAACAGAGAGCUCCUGAAGGCACCUCCUGUCUGCUCCCAGUGCACACCAACAAAAGCAGAGGGUCCGAGGGGGAGAGCAGUGUUCAGUGACUGCUCCAAAGCUCUGCCUUUAGAGUUCAGCCUGGAACCUGCACCACAUCCCAGUGAGCUAGACAGUCCUGCUCCUGCCCUGAGUGGCGUGAACGAGUCGUCGAGCUGGGCUCUCUCAGACACACAGACAGACUUCCAAACCGUGCAGAAUGACUUUAAGCGCUCCCUGCAGGAGAAAUGUGAGCGUGUGCGUGAGGGAGGUGAGACUGGAUGUAUGACUCCUCUAAUCAGUAUCUACACUGACCUGUACAUCACAGAAGGCCUUAGUGAGGAGGUGAGCACUCAGCACGAGGAGCGCCACCUGGAGGCGCUGUCCAAAAACACCGUCCAUGAGGCUGCCAUUCGCUGCCAAGACGUUUUUAAACAGCUUCCACUCGAUAAGGGGCCUGUGAGAGUGGUGCUGAGCAGUGGUGUGGCGGGAGUGGGGAAGACCUUCUCUGUUCUGAAGUUCUGUCUGGACUGGGCCAAGGGAUCAGAGAACCAGGAGCUGGACCUGGUGCUGCCGCUGUCAUUCAGAGAGCUGAACCUAACCAGACGAGGUCGCUACAGUCUGCUCGAGCUCAUGCACAUAUUUCAUCCAUUACUGUGCCCUGUCUCUGCACAGACUCUGGCCCUUAGUAAAGUUCUCUUCAUCUUUGAUGGCCUGGACGAGUUCCGUGUCCCCCUGGACUUCAACUGUGAAGUCAUCUCCGAGGUCACACAGAGGUCAGAGGUCAGCAUCCUUUUGGUGAACCUCAUCAAAGGCUCAUUGCUUUCAUCUGCCCUUAUAUGGAUCACCUCCCGCCCAGUAGCAGCCAGUCGGAUCGCGGUGAGCUUUGUAGACAGGUUUACUGAGGUCAGGGGUUUUCUGGCAGAUAAAAAAGCCGAGUACUUCAGCAAGAGGUUCCCAGAUGAAGAGCAGUGUGCCAUAGUCCUGUCCCACAUCCGAUCGUCCCGCAGCCUCCACACCAUGUGUCAGAUCCCAAUCUUCUGUUGGAUCACCACCACCGUCCUGGACCACAUGUUAAGACGCGCUGAGAAAGGACCGCUGCCACAGACCCUCACAGACAUGUACGCUCACUUCCUAUUUGUGCAGAUCCAGAGGAAGAAAAACUAUGGAGCAAAGAGCAGUGGUCCAGAGCUGAGCACGGCCGACUGUGAGCUGCUGCUGAGGCUGGGCAGACUGGCCUUUGAGCAUCUGCACAAAGGACACCUCAUGUUCUACGAAGAGGAUCUGAAAGACGUGGGUCUGGACUUGGCUGAGGGCUCUGUGUUUUCUGGACUUUGCACCAAGAUAUUCAAACAAGAGAGUAUCAUCUUCAACAAAUCAGUCUACUGCUUCGUCCAUUUGAGCGUCCAGGAAUUUCUGGCUGCAGUUUACACGCACCAUUGUUUCAGAAAGAAAAAAGAUUAUCUAAAGCAAAUAGUGAAAAACUGGGACAAAACUGGCUCAUCAAUUGACGUUUUUCUCAAAGCAGCUCUAGAAACAUCUCUCGUAAGUUCCAGUGGUCACCUGGAUUUAUUUGUGCGCUUCCUCCAUGGUCUCACUCUGGAUUCAAACCGGAGACUUCUAGGAGCUCUGCUGGGCCCAACACCGAUCGACCCACAGGCGAGACAAAGAGUCGUCCACAACCUGAAGAAGAUGAAAACUAAAACCUCCCCAGACCGAAGCAUCAACAUCUUUCACUGUCUAACGGAGCUCAACGAUCACUCUGUUCGUCAGCAGAUCCAAGAGUUUCUGAAGUCGGAUGAUAAAUCAAAAAAGGUGUCAGAGAUCCAGUGCUCGGCUCUGGCCCACAUGCUGCAGAUGUCAGAGGAGGUCUUGGAGGAGCUGGACCUAAGGAGGUACAACUCAUCUCGUGCAGGAAGACUGAGACUGGUCCCAGCUGUGAGGAACUGCACCAAGGCUCUUCUGGUUGGUUGUGGACUAUCAAAGGUCCACAUUGAGGUGGUGGCAUCAGCGCUGUGGUGCAACCCUUCUCACCUGAGGCUCCUGGACCUGAGUGAAAACUUGGAAGUGAACUCCCAAAUGAAGGUGUUGUGUGAAGGACUCCAGAGCUCCCACUGUCGCCUGCAGACUCUGAGAUUAAAUGACUGUGGUCUGUCCGAGUCGAGCUGUGCUUCUCUGGCGUCUGCUCUGAGCUCCAACCCCUCACACCUCGUGGAUCUGGAGCUGGGGGAUAAUCCAGACCUGAAGGAUUCUGGGGUAGAGCGUCUGUGCACGUUUCUGCAGAGUCCAGACUGUCGAAUCCAGAUCAUCAGACUGUGGGCCUGUGGUCUGUCCGAGUUGAGCUGUGCUUCUCUGGCCUCUGCGCUGAAGUCAAACCCCUCACACCUUGUGGAUCUGGAGCUGGGAAAUAACCCGGGGCUCCAGGACUCUGGAGUGACCCAUCUGUGUGCGCUGCUGCAGAGUCCAGACUGUCGGCUGGAGAUUCUGGGACUGAACAACUGUGGUUUGACCCAGUUCAGCUGCUCUUCUGUGGUGUCAGCGCUGAAGUCAAACCCCUGCUCCCGUCUGAAAGUCCUGGAGCUGGGAGAGAACCGAGACCUGAGGGACCCUGGGGUGCAGAGCCUCUGUGUCCUGCUGAGGAGUCCAGACUGUGGGCUGGAGGCGCUGAGGCUGUGGAGCUGUGGUCUGUCCGAGUCCAGCUGUGCUUCUCUGGCCGCAGCUCUGCAGUGGAACCCGUCUCGUCUCAGAGAACUGGACCUCGGAGAGAACCCAAAGCUGAAGGACUCUGGAGUGGAGAGUCUGUGUGCUUUUCUGCUGAGUCCAGACUGUGGACUGGAGAAGCUCAGUUUGUACAGCUGCAGUUUGUCCGCAUCAGCCUGCUCUUCUCUGGCCUCUGCGCUCAGGUCUGGUUCUUCACGUCUGAAAAGGCUCGACCUGAAGGACAAUGGUCUGACAGCAGCUGAUGUUCAGGAGCUGCAAGAACUUCACCUGGAGAUCUUGAGGUGAUCGAUGUCGUUGCACUCAGUGAAGAAGCAUGAAGCUGCACCACCUGUCUGUUACAAUUCAAUUAUUAUUAUUAUUAUUAUUAUUAUUUUGCAAACAGGGCUCAUAUUAGGCUCAUUUAGAAGGGAACACGUCAUUAAUUAGAACAUGAUACAGUCAACUUUUAAUGGGCCCCUUUUACACUAUUUUUUGAUCUAUUUUAUACUGUUAUUUCAUCACAAACAGACCUGGAGUCGUGUUUUGUUUCAUUCACGCUCGUUUAACACACAAACCCUGCAGAUUUACGCUGAGUUCUUCUCUCAAACAAAAAAAAAAUGCUCUGUGCCACCUUGUGAUGUCAUGUGGUAAUACAGGGCGUGCUCCACUGUGUUUUUAAACUCCACAUACCUUCACUAGACUCAUUUGGAUCAUUUCAGCUCUGGAGUUGCAGAUCUCUACUGAAAUAAUGGUGGAUACCAGUCUCUUGCUAUUUUUCAGUGCUACUUAUUUAAAAGUUUAUUACCAUUUUUAUAUUUUUCUACUCUGUGUUAUUAUAAAAUAUUGUGAUGUGUGAGCUGCCGUGUCCAAGUAAUUCCCUCGUGUAUCAAUACAUUCUGUCUAAAGUUUAAAAGGCUAUUAAAAUAAAAGUUACCACGACAAGGUUGAACAGAACAGUUUGAGCUUUGGAGAUGUAAACAGGCUAAUAAUAAAGAGUUUCUCAAACGUCCGCAGUGUUGGGGAGUAACAGAUUACAUGUACCAGAGUUAUGUAAUCAGAGUACAAAUUAUGAGUAACUGUAUUCAGUUACAGUUACUGUUUCAGUGAGUGGUAAUUGGAUUACAGUUACUUUGUUGAAAUAAAUGGAUUACACAGAGGGAUUUUACUGUUUUCACAUUUUGGGCUAUAUCCCUUUUUUUUUGUUUUUUUUGUUUUUUGUUUGGUAAUUCCACUCAUUGCCGGACACUAAACCAGGUCUAAACCAGGUCUAAAACCAGGUCUAAAUCCAGGUCCAAACCAGUUCUAAACCAGGACUAAACCAGGACUAAACCAGGACUAAACCAGGACUAAACCAGGACUAAAGCAGGACUAAAACCAGGUCUAAAUCAGGUCCAAACCAGGUCUAAACCAGGUCUAAAGCAGGUCUAAAACCAGGUCUAUAAUAGGUCUAAACCAGGUCUAAACCAGGUCUAAAGCAGGUCUAAAACCAGGUCUAUAAUAGGUCUAAACUAGGUCUAAACCAGGUCUAAAUCAGAUCCAAACCAGGACUAAACCAGGACUAAACCAGGUCUAAAACAGGAUUUAAUAGGACUGUGUCUCCUCGUCUUCUAUCAAUAAUAUUUUUAAUUUGGUUCAAUAAAGUCUGAGCUUUUUUAUUUCUUUUAUCAGACAAAACAUCUUAUGUGAAGAUUUCCUCGUCUUUGUUUCUCUACAGCAAAUCAAGUAAUCCAAAGUAUUCAGAUUACAUUACUCACCUCAAAUAAUUUAAUGGAUUACGUUACAAACUACAUUUUGGUGUAUGUAAUCUGUAAUCUGUAGGGGAUUACAUUUUAAAAGUCACCUUCACAACACUGAACGUCCGUGAAUGAAAGAAAACACAACCAUGUUUUGUAACAUGGCUUAAAACUCACAAGAGUCAGUUUUGUGUAAUAUAGGACCUUUAAGUAAAGCCGUUUUUGAGCUUGUGACCAAGAUCUCAUAUCUUAAAGUAUUUGUGCUAAAAUGGAUGUAUGUGUGUUUAUGUUUGGUUUGUAUCCUAUUAGAUAAACUGCAACAAUGGUGAUAAAUAUGCUAAAACAUUAAAUACAUUCUUCUAAGCUACUAGGGCAUUUUAGUAUUGCACAAUAAUAUAUUUAUUUAACUAAUAAAAUUCUAUUUUUUCACACAGUA